GGCUAUGUGUGAAUCGCGCAUCAAGGAAAAACCAACGAAAACGAAAACGUUAUACCGGUUUCUGUGAUCUGUCAAAUUCCUAAUUUCCUGCAACUCAAGCGAUUUGUCCUGUAUACUUAGCUGUAAAUAGAGUUUAUUUGUGGUAUUUCGUAUAAAACAUACAUUUUAGCUUUAAAUAAGUCGUAUGUUAUACUAUAGUAUACGACAAUCCCUUUAUCAAAGAGAAUGCAUUAUUAAAACUCCUUCAAUUCCCAUAAAAUAAUUUACAAGAUGUUUAAAUUAGUGCGUAUUGAUGAUGAAGGGCAUCACGAAAUUCCGUUGUCGGAUGGUAAACAAGUGAUAGGACGAGGGAAUUUUCUUGACUGUGAUGACAAAAGAGUAUCAAGGAAUCAUGCAGAAUUGGAAGUUAUCGACAAUUCAAUAGUUAUUAAGGCUUUACAUAUUAAUCCAUGUUUCUUUAUUGAUAAAACAAUGGUUGAUGCGAAAGUUAUUUUGCAAAAUACAAUUAUGAAAAUCAGUCUGGGUGAUACAAUUGGAUUCUUGAAUGAUAGAUUUUGGUAUAAUGUUUGCAAAAAUAACGAAAUAAAUGACACUUGCCUGAAUAUAAAGGAUUUUCAACCAUUAAAAGAUUUAAUAAAUAAGCAAAAAGAUAUUUGUAUAAAAUAUGAUACGACCAGUGAAGAAAGUUGUCAAAAAAAUGAAAAAACGUCAACAGAACAGAUUUCAAAUAAAACUGAGAAAGAGGAAUUGGACGACAAAGCGCCGGUCUCUACUAAUAUAACUGUUGAAUUUAAAAGACAAGAAUUAGUAUUCAAUAUUAACUCAAAAGUGAAAGAAUUGUCAAAUAAGGAUGAAAUAAAACCGGAGGUAGAUGAUGGUCUCUGCCAGUCUCCGAGUAAACGGUUAAUAAAACAAGAGUCAACUAGUCCAGUGGAUAUAAAGAAAUUGAAGACAGAAGAUAAUGCAGAGGAUAGACUGCAAUCUGCAGACAGUCAUGCUAGUACAUCCGGCGCGAGUUCCGCGAGCGGCGCCUCUCCGCCCAAACAAAACCUCAAACGAGAGAGAUGUAUGUAUGGAGAGAAAUGUUAUAGGAAGAACCCGCAGCACAAGGCGCAGUUCAGUCACCCCGGGGACGCGGACUGGGGCGCGGGGGCGAAGGCGCCCUGUCCCUGGGGCUACGCCUGCGCGCGCCGCGACCCCCGCCACUGGCGCGACCACUCGCACCCCUACGGCAUGCACCCGCCGCCGCCGCCAGGUAUCCAGAAGAAGAAGACGCACAUUGUGCAGAAGAACGGGAAAAUCUUCUAUAUAAACGCGCACGCAGUUAAUUUCUUCGACGACCACUUCGAGGCCGAAGACUCGGAUGGCGACAGCGUCGAUUAUGAUUAUGAAUUUGAUUGAAUUAUUUAUUAAUUACUUUAAAGUUCAAUAAAUAUCGUAAAUAAAAAAAAUAAAUGACAUUUUUUUUUCAUGUUUCAUGUUAAAAAUAAGAAUUUAAUAAACAGUUGUAAACUACUACUGUCCUUGUAAUUCAUUAAAAUUUAUUGAACAUGUAAAAAUAAUUUAAAUCAUAUUUUUGUUGUUGGAAAGAAAGGUUGUUUUGUAUCAAACAUUAAUAUAAAGUGAUAUUAGGAAUAUUUGAUUAAAAGUUUAGAGUAAAAUCUACAAUCUUGUUAACUAAGACACUCCUGGGGAGAAUAUUUGUGCUAUGGGGGAAGGGGUUAGAUUUAAAUGCGCAGGCGCAUCGCACGAUAGGGUUUUUAUUUUUUUACACUUUCUACAUUAGACACUCACAUUAAAUACAUUUUUUAUAAAAUUAAAGUAAAUACCCAACUAUGUGAACAUUUCCAAACUUGGCUAGUAGUAGCCAGUCGUUCGUCACUUAUAUAUUGACUAUUUUAUUGUUAAUUAUUAGUUAUUAGUACAUACACUUCAAUGAAUGUUUAAAAACAAUGAAGAUUAACUUGUGUAUUAUUGCACUUCAUAAUAAAAUAUCUCAACUGUCGUUGGGAAUAAAAUAAAA